AUGUGUCCAUGGCGCAGGUCAGCCACCAUGCGAUUCGGGACGGCCGCCAAGGCGGCCAUCGUCCUCGCCCUGUUGGCGACCGUGCGAGCCGACGACGACGACGACAGCCGCCCCCGCGGGAACAACAACCGUCGUAGCAGCAGCGGCGACGAUGAGGAGGACUACGUCCCUCCCGAGUACGUCGCCGACUACGGUCCCGCGUCCGGCCCCACUCUCGGCGGCGACCAGUAUGGGGGCGGGUACGGACAGUACCAAUACGACUACCCGUACGAGGGGGACGACGAGGGCGGGAACGGCGGAGGCGUCGAGAGCACCGGGAUUGCUGACAGCAUUCAGGGCGUGCUCUCCGGCGGCGUCCAGUUCAACAUCCCGGAAUGCGAGUCCAUCUGCCAGGAUCAGAACGAGUUCGAGACCCCUCUGCCACCGCAGCCGCUGUUCGAGCUGAACCGGGCGCACGACUGGGGCAUCGUCCUCCUGAACCAGAUCAUGCAAAAUUUCAACAGGCUGACGCCGCCUGGAGUGGGGCGUGUGAUCGGCGUAUUCAGUUCCUGCGUGUACGACGCCGUGGCCGCCCAAGGCGACUUUGGAGAUUUGCCGGCGUUCUCUACACCCAGGCAGGCCGCUCCAGGCCUGCAGUUGGACCGCGUCAUUGACGGUGCCGCCUUCACGGCCAUCCGAGCCGCGUUCGAAAACGACGCUUCCUUCCAGGGCGCUGUGGCCUUCUUGGACCAGGUGUCGCCGUCGCAGGUCGGCCCUCAGUCCUUCCCUCAGGGGCGGGGCCGGGGGCGGCGCCGGGGGCGGGGCCGCGGGCAGCGCGGGGGGCGGGGCCGCGGAACCGGAAGGAGGGGGCUGAAGCAAUUCGGCGGUGGCACUUUUGGCAGCGACCCCGCGUUCGUCCUCGGCAGAGACGUUUGCGAGGAAGUCAUCCAGUUUUUCACAGCCGACGGUUUCAGGGUCGACGGAGACGAGCUGCCAGGCAAUGUGUUCCCCGAUUUCGUCCCGGCCAACCUGCCGCAGACCACGGCGGGCAUCACGGACUGCCCGGCGGAAAUCAUCAAUCUGGAUUUCUGGCAGCCACUGUGCGUUCCUGACUUCCUGGUGGACGGCGGAGUGGGUUCGCAGCAGUGCACUGCAAGGGAGAUCGUGGAGUUCUCCACAUUCCUGUCGGAUAUCCCCAAGAUGCUCGCCGAGUUCUGGGCGGACGGACCCGACACCACGGCGCCUCCCGGCCACUGGUUCAGAAUCAUGCUAGACUCGGCUGUCAAUGAGAGGCUCAGUCUUGUGCGCACCGUGAGGCUCAUGUUCCUGAUGGGCAACGCCCUCAACGACGCCGGCGUCGCGUCUUGGGAUGCCAAGGUCUUCUUCAACUCCGCCCGCCCCAUCACCAUGAUCCAGUGCGGCCUGAGCGACGAGAACCUGAUCGCCUGGAGGGGCCCCUACCUCGGCGUGGGCGAAAUCGAAGCCUCGUUGUGGCAGCCCUACCAGGCCAGCACGUUCGUCACGCCCGCCUUCGCCGGCUACGUCAGCGGCCACUCCACCUUCAGCGCAGCUGCCUUCCGAGCCCUGGAGCUGUACUACCAAACCGACGAGUACCUGGCGCCCAAGUGCCGCCUGAUUCCGCAGGGCACCAGCCUGUACGAGGGGAGGAUCGACGCCGGGAUGCCCGGGUUCAUUCCGGGGCUCACGGACAUCCCCAACCAAGGACCGCGCACUCCAGGUUUCUCCCCUGCCACGGACGUCGUUCUCUGCUGGCAGACCUGGGAGGCCUCUGGCCUGGAGUCGGGCAUCUCUCGGUUCCCCGGCGGCAUCCACAUCACGGAGGACCACUUCGAUGGCGUCGACGUCGGCGUGGAAGUCGCGGAGAUAGUGUACGACCAAGCGCUGGCGCUGUGGAAUCGGUAG